AUGGUUAAUUUUACUGUCGAUCAAAUUCGUAGUUUGAUGGACCAAAAGAAGAAUAUUCGAAAUAUAUCAAUCAUUGGUCAUGUCGAUCAUGGAAAAUCACCAUUAACUGAUUCACUUGUUUGUGAACAAGAACGAUGUAUGACAAUUAAAUCAAUAGCUAUUUUACUUUAUUACCAAUUACCUGAUAAAGAUUUAUCGUUUCCUAAACAAGAACGUGAAUCUGAUGUAUCUCAUUUUUUAAUCAAUCUUAUUGAUUCCACAGGUGUUGGUCUACAGACUGAAGCUGUCCUUCUUCAAACCAUUGGUGAACAUAUUAAACCAAUAUUAUUUAUAAGUAAAAUGGAUCGUGCAUUACUUCACUUAAAAUUUCAACAUAUUGUUGAAAAUGUUGAUCCAAGAAAAGGCACAGUUGGUUUUGGUGCUGGUCUUCAUGGUUGGGCAUUUACAUGA